AUGGCUCCGCCAAAGCUAGUGAAGCCACCACCACCAAAGUCAAAAGGGAUCUCUAAGCAACCUACGAAGGGUAAGCUACUUAAAGGAAAAGGCAAAAUAGAGACUCCUCCACCAGAAGAAGAAAUUCAACCUCCUCCAGAGCCAGAGAAGCCACCAAAACCACUUUGGACAACAACAAUUAUACCAAUACCUGUUCUCGAUGCUGAAUUGCAUAAAGAAUUAUCAGCAAAACGCUGUGAAAAAGAAAAAGAAAAACAUUUUGAGUUUUGCGAAGAAACACUGUACGAUAUAUUGGCAUUGGCAUUUGAAACAGUUAAUGACCCAGAUCCGAAGUCUGUACGAAGAGCAAGAAUUAAUUUUCAUUCCGAAGGAGAUUUUAAAGUUGAUCGUCCUCAAACAACAAUGUCUAUUGUAAGUUCGAAGGGAGGAGAUAUACCUAAAACAAGAUCUUCUUACUUUAACCCUCCUCCGCCCCAGAAAAUGUACGGAAUUCCGUAUUUACAAGCAUUACAGAAUUUACUCAAGAUAACAACAGAAGACAAAAUGAAAUACGAUGAGAACAGCGAAAUUGAAGAAUUACUCGAGAAAUCUUUCGAACAAAAAACGAAAUAUCAACAAAAUCUCGAAAAUAUCGAAAAAGUCAACUUUCCUUUCGUUAUUUGCAUUGCAGGUAGCCAGUGCUCAGGCAAAACAACAAUAGCGCAGUACUUGCAAUCGUUUUUGAAGGUCCAAAUCGUUAAAUUCGUUCAAUCAUCAGAUAAUAAAUUAAUUGCAAAUGAAAAAGUCCAUUUAAUUACAGAAACAGACGACAAAGUCAAUCUACAGACACUUACAACCAUCCAUCAGAACUUGGAAGAAGGAGAAGGCUUAGUUUUGAUAAAUUUCCCAACAAAUAAAUCCCAAAUUGGCCAAUUAGAGAAAAUAGUGUUGGCCAGAGGCACAAAGACUGUUGGUGGCAUCUCUGCAUUCAUUAAAAUCGAUAUAACUCCUGAACAAACCCAAGAAUUAUCAAAUCAGAGGAUAUUUGAUAAAAAAUCCGGCCAAAUACUCGGUAAAUCAUUUUAUCCACCUGAUUUCAUAUCAAGCAGCUACGCAAAUGAGGUAGAACUUGAAGAUUACCCUGCAAAUAUCGAUCCGAACUCAAAAUCUUCAUCAAACCUUCACAAUUUGGAGAAAUCAUUUAAGAAAGUGACACAACUAUUAAUUCUUGGCUAUUUACCGUUUGUUACUGAUCUUUUCAAAGCUGUAAAUGAAUUAAUCGCUAAAAUCAUCGAAAACAGGCAGAAUAUUGAAGUAAAACCACCUGUUUACAAGUACGAGAACAAGAAGGAGUUUAAAUACGCCAAGUUCUGCAAUGAUUUCUUCGAUAAUUGGAACAAAGUUUUAUUACCUAAGUUCGGAAGGGAGUUAGGAUCAAGAUAUUCCGAUCUAAGUAGCAUGAACAAACAUAUAACCAAUGUUAUGAGCCUCACGAGGGACAAAUUCAAUCUGAAAAUAAAUGUCAAGGAUGAACGCGAAGAAAUCACCGACAAGUUCCUCAAAAACGAGAUAAAUCAGUCAAAGUACUUUAAUGAGAUAUGGGAUCUAGCAGAUUCAAACAGAGAUAAGCAGAAUUUGUUGGCAGAACAAAUAAUUAACGCUGUAGGCAUAAACGCAACAAAAGCGUUAACAAACGAUGAUGUAGAAAACGUAUUCAUGUCGUUAAUGUGGAGAUUUCAAGUAAUUAUGCAUGUAAUAAACAAAUAUAGAUCAUAUCUCCUCGAGCCGUCGGAGGAACCUCCUGAAAUUGUAGAUCCUCAAAUAGAAGACGUAGAAGAGUGCGAUUUGAAGCGAGCGGCUGAGAUUAUGUAUAUAGAUAUCAACGGAGAUGGAAGUAUAAAAAUUCCUGAGUUUUUAGAGCAAACAAAUAAGAAAAGACCACAAGCGAUCAUUUGCUCGCCAACAAGAGGCCCUAAAAUCAUGGCUCCUGGCGUAAAUCACUCGAAUAAGUCUAAAUUAGCUCAACACAGGCUAAUGACGUAUUCAACAGUAGUCAAACCACUCAACUAUACCAAAGAACAAAGCUCCAGUGGCGAAUGGGACGUUCCCACUGAAUUAAAUACGAUCUUAUCCAAAUCCACUUCGAAUUUCAGAGAAUCAGCAGAAGAAAGUGCCGAAGAAGAGACACUAUUCAAUAAUGUCGCAGAAUUCCUCCAUAUUUGCACUACAAAAUGCAACUCUGAGUCCCAAAAAAUCGAAGUCCAAGUUUUGUCAACAAUUUUCAGUCAAUUUGUAACCGAAAAAAAUAAUAUCGACCAUCUCGUCAGCCAGGGCAAAGCCAUACUCACAAAAGAGUUCAAGGAUAUAGUCUGCAAGAAACACCAGCAGGAAAUGGAGAGAUUUUCCGAAAAAUUCUUGAGAUAUCAGGAUAAUCCAAGAUGUCCAAAGCCGAUUUUCGAAUAUGAUCACUCCACGCUAUCUGAACACUUGAAAGUACUAUCAGAUCGCGCUGGAGGAAUUCCAAAUCCAGACUAUCCGAUGCAUUUGACAAAAUCUAAGAUGGAGAACCUUGUCAAUGAAUCCGAUAAGUCUAAGAUUUAUAUAAAUCUCAAAGAAUUGAUCGAAACUGCUCAAAAAGCUGGCUUUGAUGAUGCUGAUUGUGCAGAACUCGAAUUAAUCGUAAGAAUGACCUCUAACCCUGAGUUUAUCCAAGUGGGACCUCUUAAGCAGAUUAUUGGAAUGCAAACUCCGCAGCCGAAAUUGUCUCAAAGACCAAAAACAUCUUUAUAUUAA